UUAGACUUCCUAUAAAAAGAAGAAGAAUGAGCAACAAGGUAUUUGCAGCCUGUGUGAUUCUUGCAACAAGUACACUCAUCUCACUGUCCACUCAGAGUUGUAUAACCAAGUGGUUUGACCGUGAUGACCCAAGUGGAAAUGGAGACUACGAGCUGUUGGCUGACCUUUUCAAUACAAACCCUAGAGAAAUAUGUCCGAGUCCAAUCGCAAUUGAGGCUCAGACCAUCUCCGGUCAACCAGCAUCUCAAACAGGAAACAUCUUUCAAGUAUAUAAUCCGACAAGUGGGUUUGCUUGUGUAAACGCAAACCAAUCAGGAGUGCUUUGUGCUGAUUAUAAGGUGCGCUUCACCUGCCCAGAGGAUUGGUGUUCAAAAUGUAGGACACCCUGGUUUGACCAAGAUAAUCCCAGUGGACUAGGAGACUAUGAGACGCUGUCUUUACUCCUGAUAAAAUAUCCACUACAGGCCUGCGCUGAGCCCAUCGCCAUUGAGGUCACAACCAUUAGUGGGAACCCUGUAUUGCCAACUGGAAACAAUUUUCAAGUAUAUGAUCCAACACAGGGCUUUGCUUGUGUGAAUGCACAACAGAAUGGAGGGUGUCAGGACUAUAAGGUCCGUUUCACAUGUCCAGUGAGUUUUUGCCAACCAAAGUGUGUAACCAGGUGGUUUGAUUCUGAUAAACCUAAUACAAAUGGAGGCGACUCUGAACUCUUGACUGUCCUCCUUGGUAUGUACCCUGGAGUAAUAUGUCCGAAUCCACUUGGAAUUGAGGCUCAGACCCUCUCUGGCCAGCCAGCAUCUCAAACUGGAAAUGUCUUUCAAGUAUAUAAUCCAACAACUGGGUUUUCUUGCUUAAAUGCAAAUCAAGGAGGAGGGGUUUGUGCUGAUUAUAAAGUGCGCUUCGCCUGCCCAGAGGAUUGGUGUUCAAAAUGUAGGACACCCUGGUUUGACCGAGAUAAUCCCAGUGGACUAGGAGACUAUGAGAAGCUGUCUUUACUCCUGAUAAGAUACCCACUACAGGUCUGCACUCAGCCCAUCGCCAUUGAGGUCACAACCCUUAGUGGGACUCCUGCACUGCCACCUGGAAACAAUUUUGAAGUAUAUGACCCGUUGCAGGGCUUUGUGUGUGUGAAUGGAGCCUGUCAAGACUACAGGGUCCGCUUCACAUGUCCAUUGAGUUUCUGCAACACGACAUGUGUAACCAGGUGGUUUGAUUCUGACAGCCCUAAUACAAAUGGAGGCGAUUUUGAGCUCUUGCCUGUUCUUCUCAGUGUGUACCAUGGGUACAUCUGUCCAAAUCCAAUUGGAAUUGAGGCUCAGACCAUCUCUGGCCAGCCAGCCUAUCAAACUGGAAACAUCUUUCAAGUUUAUAAUCCAACAUCUGGGGUUUCCUGUGUAAAUGCAAACCAAGGAGGAGUGCUUUGUGCUGAUUAUAAGGUGCGCUUCACCUGUCCAGAGGAUUGGUGUUCAAAAUGUAGUACACCCUGGUUUGACCGAGAUAAUCCCAGAGGACUAAGAGACAAUGAGAUGCUGUUGUUGACCCUAAAAAAAUACCCACUACAGGCCUGCGCUCAGCCCAUCGCCAUUGAGGUCACAACCAUUAGUGGGAGCCCUGUACUGCCUACUGCAAACAAUUUUCAAGUAUUUGAUCCACUACAGGGCUUUGAAUGCGUGAAUAAUGAGCUGGGAGGAGAGGUCUGUCAGGACUACAAGAUCCGCUUUACAUGUCUGUGCAGGAACAACGUUCUCACAAACUCCUCAUUAAACAUUUUCACAUUCCCUUAAAACUAAGCUGUUUAUCAUGUUAAACUAAGCUAAAAGCUAGAUUAAACGAAAAAAAAUGAAUAAAUACAAUAA